AUGCAGCUUCAAAUCUCUAUCUCAGGCUGGUUCCUGGCGCUGACUGCUUGCACCAAUGCAGCUUCCAUCGCAAAGCGAGAUGUCAGAGCUUCCUCAACCCUACAGACUGGAUGGUCGUACUCUGGCUGUUAUACCGACAACAACAAUGGCAUCCGACAAUUGUCACGGGAUGGAUACAGAGAUUACAGCGCCAUGACCGAAGAGUCAUGUGUAGCAUUUUGCAGCAGCAAGGGCUACUCCGUUGCGGGAGUCGAAUAUUCUAGCGAGUGUUACUGCGACUACCAACUGGCUUCAACUUCGCAGAAGGAGCCCGAAGCAGACUGCAACAUGCCAUGCAGCGGCGAUAGCUCAAAAGCCUGCGGCGGCAGCGACAGACUUUCGGUUUUCACAAACGGCGUCGCUGUCCCCGUGAUCAACCCCGGUCCUCUUGGUUGGUCAUCCCUCGGCUGCCAGAACGAUCCCGGCCCAAGGCUUCUUUCCUAUCGGACUGGCGUCGUAGCCGGAGACUCGAAGAUGUCCGUGUUGCAGUGCACCAACGCUUGCCAGGCUGCCGGCUACUCACUUGCCGGUGUGGAGUACUCAUCUGAGUGCUAUUGCGACAACCAGCUCCGCAAUGCAGGCUCUUCGGGCUUUGACGGAUGCAACAUGCUCUGCUCCGGCAACAGCUCUGAGUACUGUGGCGGCCCAAAUCGUAUCAACGUCUACCAGGCAUCCGCUAAGCCGAAGACUCCCAGCGUUUUGCCCUCGGGCUGGACCGACAAGGGAUGUUUGAAGGACAAUGUACUUGGCCGAGCUCUUACGGUCAAUGUUGACGUCGUUGGUGGCACACAGAACAUGUCUGUCGGCGGAUGUAUUUCGGCUUGCACUGCUUCUGGAUACCCCGUUGCCGGCGUCGAGUACUCGCAGGAAUGUUGGUGUGAUAGCCAGAUCAGAAACGGCGGUGUGGCGGCAUCGGAUGGUUGUGAUAUGCCUUGCAAGGGCAACACGGCAGAAUUCUGUGGCGGAAGCAACCGCCUCAACAUCUAUGCUUCGGGCUCUUUGACUUUGCCGGUUGGCUCGACGUCCUCUUCCACCUCAUCAACAACCUCGACAAGCACUACUUCAUCAUCUGUCUCAACCACCUCGAGCUCCUUUACAACUUCAAAGUCUACGACAAGCCCCACUGCAUCAUCUACCUCGUCCUCUGUCUCGUCAACAUCUUCAUCCACCUCGACUUCUUCUUCGAGCCCUUCAACGACUUCAAAGUCUUCGACAAGCUCCAUAUCAUCUUCAACUGCUUCAUCCACCACAACUAGCACUACGAGCAGUACAAGCAGUUCGUCCACGAAGACUUCCAUAAUUACCACCACGAGCUCUUCGAGUACUACUGCCGCCAGUUCGUCAUCUUCGAAGACAUCAUCAUCCUCGUCUACUUCAAUUACUUCGGCUAAUACAUGCCGCGCAACCAUCAAUAGCGGUUAUGUCCAGAACGGCGGCUUUGAUAGCGGCUUCAACAGCUGGAGCUUUGCGCUUUACCAAACCAGCGAUACUGUUACGUCAGCGGUCAUUCCAGACAACCAUCAGGCUUCAGGUUGCUCAGCUCUCGCCUUGUACCCGUCCGGAACUUCAAACCGCCAGGCUUACAUCUAUCAAUCCAUCACCGGCCUGCCCAUUCGAGCCACUAGGACCGUAACGUUCUAUGCAGGCCGUCUUGAUUCUGCUAGAAAACAGGACAAUGCGAAGGUCUACGUUGCUUGGGGCGAUACCAUAAUGGGCCCGUCAACGGUUUGCGGCAGUUCUAGCUACCCGUGCUUGACGACCUACAGCAACGCGGGUGGUUACAGACAAUACAGCUUCACCUUUACUCCCACUGCAGCCAGCGGUACCCUUUCCAUAGGUUUCACCUGGGAUGCCGGGUCAUACGCUGCUCCAGUCAUUAUCGAUAGCAUUAUCGUGUCUUGA